AUGGAUCCGCCGCCCACCAGGGACAGGGAGGUGCUGGAGCCCGAAACCCGCGCCUUCCCCGACGCCGACGACCCGGAGACCUCUCGAUCGGAAAGCGACGAGGGUAUCCCUCCACCGCCGCCGCCGCCUCCUCUGCGCCAGCAGCUCAUGGGGGCUUGCCGCGCCGACGAACGCCUCAGGCCGCUGCUCACGCUCAACGUCUCCUGCGCCGCAGCGGACGACCGAUUCAUCGCACACCUCGCGCAGCACUUCGAGGUGUCGGAGGUGGGCAUGCUCGCGCGUUGCCUCUGCGUACCCCUCGUCUCCCUGCGCGUUGGCAAGGUUCAGAGGGAAGGGCCCCUCCUCUGCCCAACACACAUUAGAGGGAAGCUGAACCUUGUUCUUCUGCCAUCAUCUAGCAUGCGGCUUACCUUUGUUUGUGAUGAUGGUUAUUCAGAGCAACUAGCUCUCUUGAGCGACGGCUUUGAAUUUUCAGAGGUUGUGGUUGAAGAAAUAUCAGCUGAUAAUUCUGGACGCUCUUUCCUAAUCAGAAUAUCAGAAUCUGAAGUAUUUUACUACUGGUGUGCUGAGAAGUCCAAGGAACAUGGAAUGGAACUUCUUACAAAGAUGAAAAGCCUUUUGGACGGGAGGCCAACACUCUCUGAUCUCACUGGCAUCUCCAAUUCACGACUUGACGCUUUUGCCACUCAUUUACAUGCUUAUCUUCUUGCAUCAAGUAUUGGUGAUGUUAAAUCGUUGGGAUCACUUAAUGACUUUCUGAGUACUUCAAGGUCACUUGAUCAAUAUUUACAGCUCCAAUCAGCUGUUUCCAAAACUUCCAGGUACCGUGCCUCGGCUAUUAGUGCAACUAAAUCAAGCUCUGUCUAUCAAGCCAGCCUAAGUCCGAGAUCUGGCACUUUUAAAGAUGGGGUACCAAGGGCUUCAUGUGCAAGGGUUGUUGGGAGGGACAAACUGAAGCACCGUGCGGAAUGGUCGGCCCCGUUAACUGCUCCGCUUGAUACAAAUCCUUUGACAAUCAACCCUGAUUCUACCAGUGAGAAGUGCGAUGCAGAUUGUUCAAAGAACAAUGUUAGCUCAGUUCCGUUGGACAUGCCUCUUUCAUUUCCCUUGUUGCCGCCUAUUUACUCCCUUGGCACUUGUCCAGCUCCUGAGGUUUCUUUGGAGAAACAGUUUAAGCCUUACUAUUGCUGGUGCCCACCUUGCCCAUCAUCACUGCAAUACACUGUCACCCCUUUGCAUCUGCCAGCUACAUCUGUAGAUCCGCUGCCCCUACCACCUUUGAGUUCGCUGCUAGCAAGUGAACAGCCACCGUCUUCAACAGUUUCUGUAAAGCUGGAUACAACUGAUCUCCCUUCCCUUAAUCUUCCCUCCAUACUGCAUGACCCAUUAAUUCACCUUCCACUCCCCACUUCACCACUUAUACCCCUACAUGGUUCACAGGUUCCAACAUUCACGCCAUUGAUGUCUGAUCCCAUUGUGCAUGUCCCAGUCAUUGAUGUGUGUUCGGCGGGGCAGUCAUAUCUAGUGAGUUGUGGGCCUUCUAUAACUUCAGCAGUUCCCCUGUUCCCGAGCUUGAAGCCUCUGCUGCCAGAAGCAGAAUCGUUAGUCGAGAGAAGCGCAAGGGAAACACUGAUGAGGCUCAUAGCUUCGACACCUCCUGCAAGCAAUCCUCAGCUGGCCAACGUGCUACCUGUGGUCAUUCAUGAUAUGCCUGAAAGUAUAUACCGGGCCAAUAAUGUGAACAAGCAUGUUGAUGUGGGCCCCAAUGACAAAGCAUUUGGUACGUCUUGUGUUGCAGCUGUGUUUGGAAGUGGGACUGCACAAGCUGAGGAUGAAGUUCCAAGCGGAGAUGAUUCACAAGAGCAGUUUGCCGAAUAUGAUGGUACCAGCAAUGAAUGUGAUGUACAGCACUGCCAGAAAAUAUAG